AUGGCUUCUUCAUCUUGUUUGUUCGUGAAAUUAGUAGCUUUAACUUUUCUAUUGAGCCUCUCCUGCUCCGCUUCCAGAACGAUCACAAGUGGUGCCGGAAACCCACAGCUCCUCCGCUACCACAAGGGCGCCCUCCUCCGCGGAAAAAUUGCCGUCAAUCUCAUCUGGUACGGAAAAUUCACCGCCUCACAGCGGGCCAUCGUGGCCGAUUUCAUAACCUCUGUCUCGGCUCCGGCCGGGAAGCAGCAGUCCGUCGGCGCGUGGUGGAGGACGGUGGAGAAGUACUACCAUCUCGCCGGAAGACCCAACUCUCUAUCCCUCCGCCUCGGCCGGCAGAUCCUUGACGAAAACUACUCCUUCGGUAAGUCCCUCUCCGAAAAACACAUAGUCCAGCUGGCAUCCAAGGGAGACCACUCCAACGCCGUCAAUGUUGUUCUAACGGCGAGUGACGUCACCGUCAACGGCUUCUGCCUCAACCGCUGCGGGACCCACGGCUCCAGCAGUGUCCCCGGCCCCAAGAGGUAUUCCAAGUUCGCCUACAUAUGGGUGGGCAACUCGGAGACUCAGUGCCCCGGGUACUGUGCCUGGCCAUUCCACCAGCCCACUUACGGCCCACAAAACCCGCCAUUGGUGCCGCCCAACAAUGACGUGGGCCUCGACGCUAUAGUCAUGAGCUUGAGUGGGCUUCUCGCGGGCACCGCCACUAAUCCCUUCGGGAAUGGCUACUAUCAGGGCUCUGCCGAGGCCCCACUAGAAGCCGCAACAGCCUGCCCUGGAGUUUACGGGAAAGGUGCCUACCCGGGCUACGCGGGGGACUUAUUGGUGGACCCAACCACAGGGGCCAGCUACAAUGCCCAUGGCGCCAAUGGCCGAAAGUACUUGCUCCCUGCCAUAUACGAUCCCACCACUUCCAAAUGUUCCACACUCGUCUAA